AGUCUCCUCAGCAGCAGCAAAUAAAACGAGGCGGCCGGAAGAACUCCACAAGACUGUGGCGCGGAAAGCUGACUUCCGGUGUGGGUCGCUUCACCUGGCAUCCCGGAAGUAGGCUGGCUUUGCUGGCUUCCAGGCAGCGAGCAGGCUUCCUUGCUCUUCCUGAGGCGCCUUCUCCGGAGUCACGAAGCCCUUUGAUGAGGCGAGGUCUUCGGCCGGCUUCUCGGGAGGAAAGCCUCGUUGCGCUCUUCGGUUCUCCUGGCUAGCGUUAGGAAGGAACGGUAGGAGGAGAGUCCGACUCCGGGCGGAGGGUGGCGCUCAGCCCACCCCUGCGUCCCUGCCCGGGCAGCUUUUGCUUGGUCGCCUUGCCCAGUCUUCUCACCCCCUCCUUCCUCCGCCAGAACAAGCAAUGCAACCUUCGUAAAAAAAACUGUGUCCUACAUGUAAAUGGCUCAGAAGAAUCACACCUAAGCAAAAGAAAUGUCUUUUUGGAUUGCCAAGUGUUUUGCCUAUGCGCUGGCUGUGGUGGUUUGUGUCAUGCUAAAAGAAUCUCAAAGCCAAGUUUGUUCAACAGAGAAGAUGGAAAACAUAACUUUCAAUAUAAAAAUGGCCUUUUCUAAAGGAAUCCAAGGGAAAGAGCCAAUCUUUACUUCCUCUGCAGAAGCCUGUAUUAAUAUUUGCUGUUUGGGAGGAAAAAUUGGAGGCAACAAGGUGUGCAACUACGUCGUCUUUAAUACCAAAAGGAAAGGCAAUUAUCCAAAUUGCUAUUUGUUUUAUUAUCCCACAAAGGAUAUUUUCCCAGCAAGACAAGUAUUAGGACUAGUGACUUACAGAAUAAUACAUGAGAUUCCCAAGCCAGCUCCUUCCACAUCCAUAGUUUUCCAACCAACAGUUAAUGGUCAUUUCAUGUCUGCAGAAAUUGCCAUGCUUAAUCCUCAUAGUACAACAAACCCUUCCCGUGAUUCAGAUCAUUUGCAGAAACCCAUUGCUUCAAAUAGGAUGGAAACCUUGGAUUACUCAGAUAGGAUCGAUGGACGUCCUCAACCAAAAGAGGACGUGAGAAAUGUUUCAGCGAUUACAACACCAAAUAAAAUUAGCAACCUGUUGCCACCAAGCAUUGUUAAGCCUGUUCAACACUCUGCUCCAAUUAUAGAGGCUCCAGUUAAGCUGCUAGUAGUGACCACUAUCAGUCAGACUGGUAUCGAUGCUGCUGUAAGUUCACAUGUAUCUGCUGGCCAUACUGCAACUGCCAGGUCUGCAACAGCUUAUGAUAGAAAUACACUUUUGGUAAAUCCAGGAAGCCCCAGCGUUUUCCAUCCUUCAGCCGCUUCUGGAUCUAGUGCCAGCAAGAUCAACCAUUUGCCAUUCAGUCUACCCACGAAACAUUCUUCUUUACAAUCCAUUCAUCUUAAUAAUGAACAGGAAAAUAAAGACUAUGAUAAGCCUGAUGAAGGUCCAGGCAAGAAGCAUGCCCUUUUCUCUGGUGACCAAAGUAUACUUCUUGCCGCAUUGCUUUUGGGGGUGAUACUCUUGCUCUUGGUUACAGUGCUGGUAGGGAGAAAGAUGCUUGAAUCCCUUCAGCAAAGGCAAUACACUAGGCUGGACUACUUGAUCAAUGGUAUGUAUGCCAGCAUGUGAUACAACCUGCAAGACGUUGGUGGGUUAAAUUUGUCAUAGAGGUUACAUUCUCUCUCUUAAAAGGCCAAGCCUAAACUUCAUACUAAGGACAUUUCGAUGUUUACUUUUGCCUCAUGACAGCUUUAUUUGUACUGUAUAUUGUGGGCAGGUGGUAUCUUCUUCCCAUCUCUGGAAGUUGUGAUAGUUUAGAAUGCUGUUGUAAUGACAUGAUGUGUAAUGUUUACAUUCAAGUCAUAGGGAGUUGCUUGUCUAUGCAGUUAGUAUAAUGGUCAGAGAGGCCAGUCCUCAGAGGCAAUCUUAACUAUGGUCUGAAAAUUCUGUCACAAAGGGAGGAAGUCAUUAGACUGCUCAAAAAGAAUGAAAAUGUUAGUUGGAUGGACAAUGCAGAAACAAAAAAAUAUUUCAGUCUGUCUACCUGAUGUAUGGUAGGUAUGCUUACACAUUUCAGUUCAGAGAAACAAAUGGCCUCCAUGCAGCUAUUUGUCUCAGCAGAAAUAAAUUCAGUCAACUCAAUCAUUGAAUACAAGGUAAAUUUUAUGUUAAAUCCCAUUGUUUCAACUAUAGCAAUUAGAUUAGGCCAAACCCCAUGGUUUUGACUAUGAUAAAAGCAUCUUAACAUAGCAUACAGUAUUGAUUUAGAUCAAAUAAUACAUAUAACCACAAUACAUUUCCCCCACACUAGCAUCGAGCAAAGUGUGGCAUUGACAUAUGCCCCAAGUCAAGUGGAGACCCAGGUCUCAAGAAACCUUUUUUGUGAUUCCCACCACUGCCACAAUUAUGUAGCAAGGGAGCAAUUAGGGAACUAUUAAGAAACUUCUCACAAAGGCAAGGGGCAAUCCUUAUUUCAGGAUCCCAACCACUGCCAACAAUAAACACAUGAGCGUGUGCGUACGCGCAUAUGAGGCGCAAAGAGGCUUUGAGGGGAGCGUGAUGGAAGAAUCCUCGCUGUCAAACGGUAAUACAUGUGGCCCUCUAUAGUGAUUUAAGAAGUAAGGGAUUGUGUCAAUUUACCCAAAUUACCCAGAUGCAGUCUGGAAACAUGUAGCCAAAUGGUGCCAGGCAUGGGACAAAUUAUAGAAUGUUAUUAAAUGUGAGGGAUGAAUUUAAUCGGGGCUGCCUGUUAGCAGUUGUCCUCUAAGUUCAAAUAUCUUACAUUAUUUAAAAUACUUGAAUUAGUAUUUAUUCAUAUGCCUGUUUCAUUAUUUCCUCCAUAACAAUUAUGGGUCCAUCCUAAUUGGUAUAUAAUUGGCAUCAACCUGGAUGAUCUGGGAUCCUGAUUUUUUUUAGAUGGAAUGUGUGUUCUGUACUAUUAAUUUGAUUUUUUUCAUUAGUAAAUCUCCGUUUCUCCUGUGGGUGAGGUAUAACCUGUAUCCUGCCAGUUGGUAUUUGAAUGCAACUCCCAUCUUUAUUGAAUUUAAGAACUUGUGCCUGAGCUUUAUUUUCCCACCUUCCUCCUCAUUUUUUACUUUGUGUGUUCCUUGUGCAUUACAAGCCAAAUUGACUGUAAACAAACAGUUUUACUACUGAUGUGCAUUUGCUGUUAUCCUGGGAACAUUUUCUAUAUGCACUGCAAAAAUAUUUUAAAUUUAAAAAAUCAGAUAUAGACUCUGUACUUCUUUCUGUUCCAAGUUAAGUGAGAUGGUGGUGUUUUGCAUGUGAAGAAACAUUUCUGCAUUACCACUUUAAAAGGAAAUACAUUGAGGCAGCAAAUGUGUUUUCUGCUGGUAAGAUUAGAACAAUGGAUUAGAGCAAUGGAUUCAAAUUGCAGGAAAAGUGGUUCUAUCAAAAAUUAGGAAGAACGUCCUGACAGUAAGAGCGGGGGUGAAAAUGCCAGAUGCCAAAGCAUGAUUCAAAAGAGGAUACAUGAGGAUCAUACUGCAAACUUAUGUUGGAUAAUGGAGCACAUAAAAGAAUUUCAGGGGGGGGGGGAAUCAGCCUGUUCUAGAUUACAGCAAAGCUUUUGAUUGUGUAGAUCACAAAAAGCUAUUAUUUGCUCUUAAGGAAAUGGAUGUGCUGCAUUUGACUGUGCUGUUGCUCUGGAAAAGAGGUUACUGUUAGAAAAAAAUACAGAGAAAUUGAAUAGUACCCAAUUGGCAAGGUAAUCAACCAAGGCUGCCACUCUCUCACCCUGUCUUUCUAAUUUAUAUGAAGACCAAGGAAUACAACAAUAACAAAUCAUAUAGCAAGUAGGAUUUGAUGUAUAGGAAAGAGCUGUGAAAGUUGCAGAAAGAAAAAUAAACAAUUUAAGACACACAGGUGAUAGAUACCAUGUUAUUGUCGAGAAAACAGCAAAGACUAUGAAUGUUUAGUGAUGUUAAAAAACAAAAUAAAGGCCACAGAUACUUUGGAUAUAUCAUGAGAUGAUGUGAUUCAUAGGGAAGGACAAUAUUGUUUGGUAAAGCGAGAGACAGUAGAAAAAUAAGACCCCAUUAUAGGUGGAUUGAUUUAAUCAAGUAAAUGAUGGCCCUAAAUGUGUGAAACUUGAGCAGGAAGUGAGUGAUGGGCUCUUGUAGGUUGCCACAUCAGCCUGAUGACAACAACAACAUGCUAAAUAAACACCAAUAAAUAUA